GCAGGAGCAGGAGCAGGAGCGGCGGUGGGACAGCAGCUGACUCCGCUUUCACAGCCGCAGGAGCUGAACGGGAGACACCUCCAGCAGACUGGAUCACCGCAGCCGCCGCACCGGCAGCUCCCCCUCCUGCAGCCCUCCCAGAACGCGCGUCCCGGACAUCGGCGAGAACAAGCCGUGGAGCGCUUCCUGUGCUCCUCCGCGGGCCGUGUGAACUGAACUGUGGCACUGGAGUGGACAUGGUCUGUAGGUCCUAGUUCUGUCUGCGUCAUGCAGGUGUUUGUUCAUCGCCAGUGGAUUCUGAAAUCGCCUCGCCCCCUCCAUGCUAGAUCCAGGUGUCGGACCUAAUCGGCUGCAGUACGGAUUAAGCACCUAGGAGGGGAGAGGGAGAGUCCGACCAGCCGAGUAGCUGGAGGUCCUGGUCUCACCGUUUUCCUCUCUUUGGUUUCUGGAAUGAAUUUUGGCAAGAUUGCCUACAGCUGAAAUGGAUAGGACUGAACAUUUGCAGAAGUUUGCACUUUUUCCUUUAGGUAACGAGUCAACAUUUCAUUUGGGCACAGUGAAAGUUUUGAUGUAAGCAUUGCUUACCCACCAAUACAAUCAUGGAGAUAUUUCAAGAAAAAGCAACAUAAGCGAAUUAUUGUUAGUCAGUUUCUUUUUUUUUUUCCUCGUCAUUUAUGUUCAUACAGAAGAUCUAGGCCCUUUUCAUGUUCUGCUAAACACUGUGAUGUAGAUCUUUGACCCGAGAGGAGACCGGAGGGGCUAGCGUAGAGUUUUCAAAGCUAAAUUACUAAAAGAAUCUGAACUCGGGAGACGUGACGCGGCACAAUCGAGCCUCCAUGGCAGCAGAUCACGGUGAGCUGCUGGCCGAGAUGGCCACCGUUGGGCGCCUGAGCGCCACAGAGCGCCUGAAGCACGCCCAGAAGCGCCGGGCUCAACAGCUGAAGGCCUGGGCGCAGAUGGAGAAGGAAGCAGGACGAGGAUCACGGGCCAAAGCGGACAAGAAGAAGAAACGCACCACGAAAGUGACCUUCCCCGAGUCCAUCACCCUGCUGGAAGCAGCGGCCCGCAACGACGUGGAGGAGGUGAGAGAGCUGCUGAACAGCGGCGUCAGCCCGGAUCUGGUCAAUGAGGAUGGACUGACAGCCCUGCACCAGUGCUGCAUUGAUGACUUUGUGGAGAUAGUGCAGUGCCUGCUUGAUGCGGGCGCCUCCGUGAACGCCUGUGACAGCGAGCUGUGGACGCCGCUGCACGCUGCUGCCACCUGUGGACACACGGGGCUGGUGCAGCUCCUCAUUCAGUCUGGAGCUGACCUGCUGGCUGUCAAUGCAGACGGCAACAUGGCCUAUGACCUCUGUGAGGAUGAGGCCACCCUGGAGCUGCUAGAGACGGUUAUGUCUGAACAGGGGAUAACUCAGGACCGGAUAGAUGAGUGCAGAGCGGCCAGAGAGACGGCCAUGCUCGCUGACGUUCAGGCUUUGAUUCAGAGCGACGCAGAUUUAAACGCACAAGACAACAACGGAGCAACACUGCUCCAUAUAGCGUCUGCCAAUGGCUACAUGUCUGUAGCAGAGCUGCUAGUGGAGCACCGGGCUCAGCUGGAACUGAAAGACUCUGACGGAUGGGCGCCUCUCCAUGCCGCCGCCUGCUGGGGACAGAUCCAAAUAGUGGAGCUGCUGGUGGCCCACGGCGCCGAUCUCAACUCCAAGUCGGUUUUAGACGAGACGCCGCUCGACGUAUGCAUUGACGAGGAGGUCAGAGCCAAACUGAUGGACCUGAAGCACAAACACGACGCCAUCAUGAAAAGUCAAGACAAGCAGAAGGGCACGCUGCAGAGGCGAGCCUCCAGCACCGGGAGCAGAGGGAAGGUGGUGCGUCGGGUCAGCGUGAACGAGCGCUCCAGUCUGUACCGGCGGGAGCACCACAAAGAGGCGAUGGUGUGGCAGGAGCGUGGCCGGCAGCCUGAACCACAGGACGACGACGAAGACAGACAGACCGACAACGAGCUUCUCCAGCACGCCGCUAUGGUUGCUGCCAUCGCGGCGACCGCGCGUGUGGAGGAGCUGGACGUCGCAGACAGAAAGAUCGGGUCGUCCAGCGUGGGGAACGGCGAGACGUCCGUGUCUCUGUCUUCCUCCGUGCCCGGAGAGCUUUGGAGCGGCGGGGGCCGCAUGGACCGCAGCGCCACCUACGAGCUCAGCCCCGCGCCCAGGGACGGGCAGGAACAGGGCGACGGUGUAGACGGCAUGACUCGGGAGAAAUCGCACCACACCCUGGCCGACCUGAAGCGCCAGCGGGCGGCUGCCAAGCUGAACAAGUACCCAGCUCCGCCUCCUCCCCUGCCUUCCACCGCAGAGGUGGAGGAGCCCGCUGCUGCAGCCGCCCAGACGACAACCCCUCAGGCUCAGUCUGAAGCCCAAAUCUCCCCGACUCCAGAGCAGCCCGCCUCUCCCAGUCAGGUGUUCUUCACGCCCGCCAGCGGAGAUCCGCCGCUGCUGAAACUCCGCGCCCCUGAGGAGGAGCAGACCAACAGCAAGGAGCCGUGCUGCGGCCUCAUGUAGACGCUCCCUGCUGCCUGCAGAGGGCAGGAGCGCCCCAAAGUGACGAGCCUUCAAGAACAGACAUGUCUUCAAUGUAAAAGAUUGUAAGCUAAGGCCACAUGCAAUCUGAUCUCACAGCAGAACGUGUAACGACUACAUUGGUUUAGAAAUUUUUACAAUACAUACAUUCCCCCCAGAAAGUACUCGCCUGCAGACAUAAGUGUUGCGUCUCACUAAGGAAAAACAGUGCCUUGCAAAACCAUUCAUUCUCCUAUGGCCUUUUUCACGUUUUGUCAAACCACAAACUUUCAUUUAUUUUAUUUUUUAUGGGGGUUUUAUGUGACAGGCCAACACAGGCUGGUGCAUGACUGAUUUAGUGGAUAGAACCUGCUGCAUGGGUCUCAAUCAUUUCUUUUUUUUUUUUUUACAAUAAAAAUAACUGACGUUGGAUUUGCAUUUGUAAACUUAGAACCACCUUUUGCUGCAAUUAUAGCUGCCGGUCUUUUAUGUUUCUACCAGCUUUGCUCAUCUUGAAACUUUCCCAUUUUUCAAUGCAGCUUAGCUCAAGUUCUGCCAGACAGCAGUUUUUCCACAGACUCCCUGGUUAGAUUCAUGUUUGUUGUCCUGUUAGGAGUUGGAUCUCUACCCAAGUCUCAGGUCUUAUGGCCAUUAAUAGUUAUUGUUUUCAUCCCCAAAUCAACCAGGACCGUCAUUCCUAUCCCUGCCUCUGAUGUCUUGUCAACAGAUUCUCCACAACUUUCUCCCUGAGCUGUCCUCUGUCUGUGUCCCUUGGUUUUCGUGAUGCUGCUCCUUCUCUAAUCUUCUCUAACAAACCUCUGAGGCCUUUACAGAACAGCUGGAUUUAUGCCCAGAUUGGAUUGCACACCAAUGGACUCUGCUCAUUAGGUGACUGAAGGCAACCGGUUGCACUGGGUUUUAUUUAAGGCUAUCGGGUUGUUUUUAUUUGUAAAACCUUAAAAAAAACAUGCAUCAUUUUCUUUCCGCUUCUUUUGUGCACCAUUUUUUUGUGAAUUGCAUAAAAUCCCAAUAAAAUGUGCGUCCUGUUUGUGGUGUUAAAGUGACAAAAUGUGAAAAGGUUCGGGUACGUUUGCAGGGCGGUGGACAUGGCUUUAAGGAAGUAAACGGAGAACACUGACAGUCAGUGCACUCUGCAUAGCAUUAAAACGGUCGACUUGGCCGAAACUACAGUAAAAUAUGAUGCAAGAACUCACUGCUUGGCCCUUUCUGCACAAUUCUUUUUUUUUUUUUCUUUUUUUUUUUUUCCUACUGGUUUUCUUCUGCUUUUAUAUAUAUUUUACCCUCGUUGGCAAAUAAUUGGGGAAGGGGACCAAAAGUACAUCCUACAUGCAACGUGAUCUCAGAUUUUUCUUUUCCAACCAUGGACAUUUGAGAAGUGGACGAAUGUCGUUAUUGCACAUUUUCAGGUGAGACCGGACUGCCCCGUGCCAAUAAUGGUUUGAUGUACAUCACUGUCCGCUUGUUUGACUGUUUCAUCCAUGUUCCCUCCUCCAUUCAGCCCACAUACUCCCGCUGCCUCCUGCUGGGCGGCUUUGUUUUCUACUGAAUGUAAAGAUUCCCCUUGAGCUCAGGAGAAUUACAGAAUCCAGUUCCUCUAGAAGAAAAAGUCAGUGUAACCAUGAGGUUAUCUAUUGAGGCAACUGAUUUAACUUGAUUAGGAAAGAGUGGCUCUCUUUUUUGAAUGAAGUAUGCAUUCGAAAUAAAGAUAAUUUUUGAUUACUGAAUAAUAGGUUAUGGAUACACGACAGCUUUGUAUUUUGAAUUUAGAAAACACUGAUUUUUGUUCCUUACUGUUCAUAAAAAUGUACAUUUCUUUAUUGUAAUGGUGCAAUUUGUACAUUUAUUUUUCUUUUAUUUGACGUCACUUCUCUUUAAAUCAAUGAACAAUUUCCACUUGUCAAAACCGGAUCAUCGUUCUAUCAGUAUUUGUUUUUCUACCCUCAGAAUUGAAUCACAUUAUUUAUUUAUGUCUGCCUCCGUAGGGUGGAAAAACCCUGUUUGUACAAUUUUUAAAGAUAAUGACAUGAAGGAAAACCUGAAAGAAAAUAGAUAUUUUUGCAUUCACACAUUGAUCAAAGACGUAUUUAAUUGUAUUGUGAUUG